AUGAAUCUCGGUUCAAUUCAAGAAACAUCGCCAGGCUCCACACCAAGCACCUCGUCAAAUUCCUCUACUACCUCUCUAAAUACAACUCAAAAUGCAAAUAACAAUAAUAUCAGUAGUAAUAGCAACAAUAACGGCAGCAGUAGUGGUGCUUUGAGUAAUAGUCUUCCAGAAAGGAACGAGGCAUGGUCUACCACGCUUCAACAAACACAGACUAGUCAACAACAGCAGCCCUCUUCCUCACCUUACCGAACGCCUUCGAUCUAUCCGCGAUCAAAUAGUGGAAACUCGAAUUCCUCUACAAACUCGUCAAUUUACAAUCAAUCUUCGGCAUCAUUCUAUCCAUCGGAACGUAAUCAAACAAUAUCAUCAACAACAUCAUCACAAUUUUCUGGAUAUUCUUUAAAUACACACGAGAAAUCGCAUUCAACCGGUUCAAUACCUGCCAAUAUCAAAGAUUCAGCAACGAGCACUUUUACUAGUACUAUUUCUCAACCGACGAUGUCUUUCUCUACUCCUCAUAGAAAUCAUCCGUUUGAGAUAUCGUCGGACUAUUACAACAGCAAAGUGGACGCUAUUAAAGAUAAAUCAGGACUACAUGAUGGAUGGCUAACGUUAUGUAUUAACGUGUUGCCUCUGUUUAAUGGAGAAGGAUUGAAAAUGUCUAUUGAAGAUUUAAAUGAAUUGUUAAGGGGAUGCAUAAGAGAUAAAACAACCGAAUCACUAUAUAAUGAUAUAAUUGAAUUAUUGGCGAGUGGAAUGUCUACAUUAAAUAGCAAAUUACGCGAUGUUCCCGAUGAGAAACUUGUUUCGCGUCUUAAUGAACUUUGGUCAUUUUACUUUGGAACUGUGAUUCCUUAUUUUGAAGGCGUAUUUCUCCCAUUGCAAAUACAAGCAAACAAUAGCACCACCGCCACAAUAAACGCCUUAUCCCAUAAUAGUGUUAACAGCCUUGUAAGAAGAAUGGUUUUGAUGAGUUUCCGAGAUCAAGUUAUUUUACCGAUGGGUGAUCGCGUUGAUGAGGCGUUCAAUAAGUUAUUCCAUGAUUUCGAUUCUGGUAUUCCGGUAGCAGAUACAGCUGCACGUAUGCUGCAAAUGACAUACAUCCUGUCCUCAAUUCUGUCGAAUGAUGAGAAACAAACUCAAAUGGACCGAAUAUUAGCUAAAUUAAAAAAUAAUUGGAAAUUAUUCAUGCGAAGAGAUCGCAGAGGAUUUAUUGGGAUCCCUUCUACGACAAAUACAACUACAAAUGUGAACAUGACAACAAUGACUGCCAAUACUUCGGCCGCAUCGUCUCCUGUUGAAUAUAGUAGUGCUGUGACCACGCCCACUACACCAACACCUAAUGUUGCAGGAGUUAGUGGUACUGUGGCUGGUAUUGGUGUAUCUGCGACUACUAGUCCAUCGCAGUAA